AUGGCUGACGAUGUGGAUGUAGACAGUGGGAUUACUGAGGAGCUGGAAGUGUUGAAAUCUAUAUAUAUUGAUGAACUGAGUUUGAAAACAACUGAAAGUGGUUGGCCAGAAAUUAUCAGUCUUCAGUUACACCCUUCUACAGGAGAUGAAGUGGAAAAGAAAUAUGUCUGUAUUACACUAGUCUUACAGCCAACUCAUAGGUAUCCUCAUGAGAUUCCCAGCAUUGACAUCAAGAAUCCACGUGGGGUUGGGGAGGAGGAGGUCAAUAGGUUGCAGUCUUCUUUGAUAAGCUUGGCAACAGAACUUCAGGGUGGUCCAAUGUUGUAUGACUUGAUUGAGUUGGCCAAGGAUAGUCUGACAGAGGGAAACAUUCCUCAUUGUCCAUGUACUAUCUGCUAUGAAUAUUUUCAUGAAGGGGAUGAAUUCACUAAAACUACGUGUUACCAUUACUUUCACUGUCAGUGUCUUUCUCGCUACAUCAAGCAUGUGCUGGAUACCAUCCAACAGGAGAACCAUUCAAAGCCUACACAUCAUAUAGGAGAUGAUGACCAAACAAAGGUUCCAUGCCCUGUGUGCCGUGAGGAGAUUGAGUGCAACAGUGACAUGCUAACAAGGGAGAUUACUCCUGAGGACCAGAUGCAGUCCUUUGUCCUGACUGAUGAAAUGAGGAAUUGGCAGGAGAAGAUGAAAAGGCUCCUCCACAGACAGAGAGAGAACGGUGGGGUCAUAGAUGUGGAGGAGGAGAAAAACAGAUUUCUCAUCACAGAGGAUGAUGUGGUAGAAAUAAGUAACACCUCCACCAAGAAUCAGGGGAGAGAAUCCCCAAUCACAAAGGACACCGAAAGCAGAAACAUGCCUAGCAAGGGUCGAGGGAGAGAGUCCCAGGUUUCAAGAGACACAGAAGUUGGUAAAAUGCCUGGCAAGGGUCGGGGGAAAGAGUUUGUCAAAAAUGACAGAGAAAGACCAGCAAAGACCAAAGUACAGGGUAAACCAAAGCAGUCACCAAGGGAUACCAGUUUUAGAGCCAGAGAACUAACUGAGCUAAUUCAAAAGCUGGAGAAGGGAAAUGAGAGAAGACAAACUGAAUUUUCAGAGGAGUUUGAGGCCUUGAAUUAUAUGAUGACAUCAGGAGGAAGUAAGAGGGAGGGUCAGAGACCAGAAAAUCGUCAUAAGAACAGGCUCAAACACUUAGUUCCUUUUGACAACACCAGGGUUGUUUUGAGUGAUGGAGAUCCAGAAAUUAAAGGCUCUGACUAUAUAUGUGCCAGCUACAUACAGGUGGUCAGUGAGAGUGAGAGAGUGGACAGGGGGCGUGUCAUCGCUACCCAGGGGUGCCUCCCUGAGACGGUUGGGGACCUCUGGAGAAUGGUCUGGCAGGAAAAGUCACAGGUCAUUGUCAUGGCAACCAAGGAGCAGGAAGACAACAGGGUCAAGGUGGCUUGUUAUUGGUGUGAUGCUGGGAAAGAAAAAGUCUUGGAGGGAAAAAAUUACAAGUUCCUAGUGAAGGGUAAAGCUGUCAUUACACACAAAGACUACAUCCUCAGAGAGAUGGAGGUAUCCAAAUAUUCCACAACAGACACGAUAGAGGGAACCAGGUUAGUGUACCAGUUUAAUUACACAGCCUGGCCUGAUUUUGGAGUACCCAGAAACCCCAGCAGUAUCAUCCACUUCCUGGAAACGGUUAACAUCAAACAAGAGGAACUGUCAGAAGCCGGCCCGAUGGUCAUCCAUUGUAGCGCUGGAAUUGGUCGUACAGGGACUCUUGUUGUCAUAGAAACACUUAUCUAUCAAAUUAAACAACAAGGAUUAGACUGUAACCUUGACAUUCAGAAGUCUGUUCUGAAGGUCAGAUCACAGAGACCCGGGUUGGUACAGACGGAGUCCCAGUAUAAGUUUAUUUAUAGAGCUGUUCUGUGUUACCUGCAGUCUCAGCCAGGAUAUACCCCUGAUCAGUCCAUUGAAGAGGCAACUCUCAAAUCAAGCCCUAACAAAAGUUACAGGGAAGAGCCACAGAAUGAAAAGAGAAAAGAGCCGAGAGGUCGUGGCCGAGGUAAACAGUUUGGAUGGAGUAUUAAAGUGGACAAAAAUCGGGAAGACAAGGAAAGAGGAAACUUUUCUCAUCAGCAAAAACAAGAGGAAAAAGUUGUAAAGCAGCCAGAGGAUUUCAACAAUUCUGAAUGUUUAAAUAAGAAAGAUAUACAUGAGAAGGAUAUGUCUGUGCAAAAUCAGCAGAGGAAGGGGUUUGGAAGACCACAGUCAUCAAAAGUGAUGGAGAAAAACAAAACAGAGCAAAACCACACAGAGAAGAUAAAAUCAGAGGAACAGCCUUCAGCAUCAAAAAAGGUGGAGGACAGCCAUUUCGAGUCUAGAGUGGAGAAAAUUCAGGAGAAGAGACAAAGACAAGGGUUAGGGAGACCCAGAUCAGGACAACAAAAAAGUCACAGACAGACAAACAGGCAUGAUUCACCUGAGGAGGGUUCAAGUAAUCAAGUCCAAGAAGAUAAUGCUGAGAAAGGUGAUAAUUUGAAAGGGUUGGAUAAACAGAUGGAAAGAAGGAAAGGAUUUGGAAAACCACCAGUAAUGGAGAGAAGUGAGGAUGUUAAAGAAGGAUAUGAGAAAUCAGUUAGAAAGGAAUAUACAAGGAGAGGAUUUGGGAAGCCAUCAAAAGAUGCAAACAGAAGUGAUGGAAGGAGGUUUGAUAAAAAUAAAAUCAGGGAGGAAGAAAGACCAAGGUCCAGUGGUGGACAGAGAGAAUAUCUCAAAGAAAAGAAGUGUCCUAGAGAGGAAGCACACAGACAAGGCUCAGCUGAAGCACAGAGAUCUUCAGGUGAUCCGAAGGACAGUGGGAAAAUACCAGACCAGGAGAGCAGGACUGAAGGAAAAUCUAAAAGCCUACUUAUAGAAAAAGUGAUCAAGUCAGAACCUAAUGAAGGAAAAUCUGACAGAGAUUUUGGGGUUAAGGAAAUUUUCUCAGAGGCAGACGGAAACCAAAAAAGACAACCGGAGGAGAAAUUAAAGAAACCUCCAGGUUUAAAUCUUAGUGAGACUGAUAGUGACCAAAAAGUACAACCCCAGGAGAAAUUGAGGAAACCUCCAGGUUUUAAUCUCAGUGGACCUCCAUCUGAGCUUGUAGCAUCUGUUAGGCCCCCUCCAGGAUUUUCCAAAUGUAGCUGAUGAUAGCUUUGUCUAGGGUUUGAUAAUUAAUGUUAAACUGUGAUAUUAUUUAUUUUAGCAAUUUUUCCAGGAAAUGUGUCCUAUGAUUUGUUGUUAAUGAAUGUUUAAUGAGGCUUUUAAUCAUGCAAUAAAAAAAAAU